CGCAGCGCGCACGCACACCUCACGAACACCAGGUUCGAGAUGGCGCUCACCGUGUCCAUGUCCGCGAUGCGUCUCGCCGCGCCGAGCUCCGUCAAGGCGUCCACCGCGCGCAAGUCCGUCGCGAUGACCGGCGCGCCCGUCCGCGCCGCGAAGGCGUCCUCCUUCGCGCCGUCGUCCUCGCGGAGCGUUCGCGGCGCCGCGCUACGCGUCUUCGCCGCCGACGGCGACGAGACGAAGGACGCGGCGAAGGACGACGCCUUCGCGGCGGUGAAGCCGACGAAAGCGGCGGACUUCAAGGGGAUGAGCAACGAGGAUCUGAACAAGGAGAUCGUCGCCGCGAAGAAGAUGCUGUUCGAGCUCAGAAUGCGUCAGUCCACGAGGAAGGAGUACAAAGGGCAUCACUUUGGCAUCUUGAAGACGAAGAUCGCGCAAAUUCGGACGGUGAAGCGAGAGCGCGAAGUCGCGGAGGGGGUGAACAAGCGCGACUCGCGUAAGAUGAAACGCGAGGAGCGGGCCGCGAACGUGUACCUUUGAUCGCAUAUGGUGUGGUGUGUUUUUGCGGUCGAUCGGUCGGUUUCGGUUGGUUCGCGACGCGGUGUUGGUAUAUAGUACAUUCGUUCAUUCGUUACAGCCGUCGCUAUCGUCGUC